AAACAAAACGUGUUUUUUUUUUAAUCACUGUGGCAAUUUCGUAGUUUGAUAAAGAAAGGUCUUCUUUAAAAGCAGGGCGAGAGAAUGAGUGUCGAAAAAUCAAGGAAAAAGGGACAAACUUCAGAAAAGCUUAUGGAUCCGAUGGAAUCUUUGCCCGAAGCUGCCGCACAGAUCGAUCUUUGGGAUGAUCUUGCGGCUUCCCUUGUCAAAAUCUCGAAAUCACAUGCCUUUGUGCCGGAGGAGCAGCUAUUGAAAUUUGUCGAUUACCUUGAGAUAAAACUUUCCUCUGUGCAAUAUCUAUGGCUGGACAUGUUCAAAGGGUCUCCUUGCCCCAAGCUGAUAGAUAUGAUUGAUGUUCCAUUAUCUCAUAUUCCUGUAUCUGUCUACGACACAUCAGUCGAGUGGCUCGACAAAUUUUCUAUUGGGUUACUCUGUGCCUUUGUAGUGUGGUCGUUGAAUCGUCUUCUCACGAUUUUGGAACCACCACAACAGGGAGGUCACCAGCGACGUACUACUUCCAAAUUUCACGUAGCAGUAUUUGUUGCACUAGCAAUGGUAUUGCGUAAUGAACCUAAUACUUUGGUUAUUGUAUUGCCGACUCUCAAGGAAGACGAGUAUCAAGGACAUGACAAGCUUCCGAUUUUAGUUUGGAUGAUGGCUCAGGCCUCCCAAGGUGAUUUAUCUGUAGGCUUGUAUUCAUGGUCGUGUAACUUGUUACCAGUAUUUUACCAAGAAAACUUGUUACCAGUAUCCCGUAGCAACUCUCAGUCAAUGGAUCUCAUCCUGCAGUUGGCUGAGAUGAUUUUGUCUAAUCUUGAUGCUCGGACUAUACUUGUAAACGGAACCGUUAUAGAUAAACAGCGACUGAUUUCACCUUAUGCAUUUGAGCUCUUGAUGCGGCUUACAUUCCCUGCUUCAUCUGAAAGAGUAAAGGCUACAGAGAGGUUUGAGGCAAUUUAUCCCUUGUUGAAGGAAGUGGCUCUUGCCUGUGAACCAGGAAGCGAGUUAAUGAAACAAGUCACUCAACAAAUAUUCCAUUAUUCUUUGAUAAUAGCUGGAAGAAGUAAUAGUAAAUGGAAUCUUUAAUCCCUGAGUUUCUAGUUCCCUCUCUCUUCUCCAAAUAGAGUUCUUAUGUUUACCCUUUGUUACAGGAAAUCUUGUUUUAGCCAAGGAAGCUACAGCAAUCGCUGUCUGGUCUCUGACCGAAAACGUAGAUUGCUGCAAGCAGUGGGAAAAACUCUAUUGGGAGAAUAAAGAAGCUAGUGUUGCUGUUCUUAAAAAGCUUGUAGAUGAAAGGGGUGAUAUUUCCAUCAAACUAGCAUCAUCACCGAGUCAUAAAUUCACACUCAAUCAAACUAUGGAGAGCAUCAGGCUAAAAAACGAAAAAGCCAUCACUGAAGGAGGAACCAUUGGUUCUCGUUACAAAGAAGCUGACAAGUCCUGCAAAGUGAUGUCGGGUAGAUUCUUCCCUGAAAAUGCCUGCCUCAAAGGUACAGCCAUUAUUACUGCUGUGGUUCUAGCUGCUGUAGCUGUACUAGCUUCCAACCUGUAGGCUGAAGAAGAUGGUGGACUCAUUGGUUCUGCACCUAUACUUCAAUGCAAACACCUCAGCUUUGAAGAACUAAGAGAGAUAUACCAUUGUCCUUGCUUUCCUUUUGCUAGGAGUUUGUGAAUAUAUUGAGAUAUGUCGUCAAUCUUGUUGUUGGGUAUUGUUCACUCAAAUAGACGUUUGACAAAAAAAAAGUAUAUUUAGGCGAUAGCUUUUCUUUUAGCUCGUGACUUAUGUGGAUUUUAGUUACUCUAAAUUAUGUGGUAUUUAACUAUUUAUAGAGUAUUCGUGUUUAAAAUUUUAGGGUCCUAUGAAAAAUAUAAUAUUUGGAACAUUUAAUU